CAAAGAUUUGUGUCUGGAAAAAAAAAAAAAGAAGAGCAACGUGACUGAUGGACAAACUGAGAGAGAUAUGUAUGGAUUUAUCAACACCUGUUUGAAAUCGCUGGUAGUAGAAAAGUUUGGUGAGGAGACGUGGAUCAAGCUCAGGGAUGAAGCUGGAGUCAGGGAUGCUUUCCUCACAUAUGAAGUCUAUGAAGACGAAAUCACCAUGCAGUUAGUAACAGAAGCCUGCAAGCUCUUAGGAGUGAAGCCAGAGGUCGUCUGGAGGCAGUUCGGUGAAUAUUUCUUUGAGUUCUGCAAACGCUCCGGAUACGAUCACAUGCUGCGGACUUUAGGAGGAAAUCUGUUUGAAUUUACUGAGAAUCUGGAUGCACUUCACAGCUACCUCGCCCUCUCCUACAAGGAGAUGAACGCGCCAUCGUUUCGGGUGGAGAGAAACCUUGAUGGCACCAUGCUUCUCCAUUAUUAUUCAGACCGCACAGGACUCUGCCACAUUGUUCCUGGUAUUAUUGGAGCAGUUGCUAAAGAUUUUUUCAACAGAGAGAUAACAAUGGAGGUUGUCAGCCAGAUAGAGGAGCUGGAGAGAACUGGGAAGAAAGAGCAUGUGGUUUUCCUGGUGACACAGUGGCCAGCUGUUGCUGCUGGGUCCAGUGUUGUCAGCAGCAAAGCUUCACUGGGAGCCCAGUCCCUGCAGCCUUUGGGUAGCAGACACAAUACCACGAUCUGGACCAAAGAGCCUCCUCAUCAAAACAGAUCCAGCAGCAGCUUCCCUGUGCACAGGAGUCGCUGGGAGACAAUUAAGGAGUUGCUUCACCAUGGAAAAGGCAAACUACUGAAGGGCUUUGAACCAGUGUAUCCUGCCACCCUCUACAUCGAUCUGAAGACCUUCUGUCAUGCUUUUCCUUUUCAUAUAGUCUUUGAUGAGCAGCUGGUGGUUCACCAGGCUGGAGUGAAGCUCCAGAGGAUUGUCCCUGGGCUCCAGACUAUGAGCAUCCAUCUGGACGAGUACUUCAGCAUUGUGCAUCCCGAGGUCACUUUUACCAUCUCCAGCAUCAGGAAGUUCAUCAACAGCCACUUUGUCCUGCAGACCCGCAGGGACAUGAUGCCUCAGGGGUGGAAGGACCGGCCUAUGUUGCAGCUCAGAGGUCAGAUGAUCUGGAUGCCCUCUCUGGACUGCAUGCUCUAUCAAGCCUCACCUCUGCUGAGAAGCCUUCAGGAGUUGGAGGAGAGGGACAUGCACAUUUCUGACAUCGCACCUCAUGAUGUCACCCGCGACCUUAUCCUGCUCAAUCAGCAGCGGCUGGCUGAGAUGGAGCUGUCAAACCAGCUGGAGAGGAAGAAGGAAGAGCUCCGCCUCUUGUCCCAGCACCUGGAGGAGGAGAGGAGGAAGACGGAGAACUUGCUUUAUGCCAUGUUGCCCAAACAUGUAGCCAACCAGCUGAAAGAGGGCAAGACAGUAGAAGCAGGAGAAUUCAAAGAGUGCACCAUUCUGUUCAGUGAUGUAGUGACCUUCACUAAUAUCUGCUCCAUGUGUGAACCCAUUCAAAUCGUCCUCAUGCUCAACUCCAUGUACCUCCGGUUUGACCGACUGACCACUGUGCACAAUGUCUACAAGGUUGAGACCAUAGGGGAUGCCUACAUGGUGGUAGGCGGUGUUCCCAUACCCGUCUCCAGCCACGCUGAGAGGGUCGCUAACUUUGCCCUGGGUAUGAUUCUGGCUGCACGAGAGGUUAUUAACCCUGUGACAGGAGGACCCAUUCAGAUCCGUGUGGGUCUCCACAGCGGUCCAGUUCUGGCAGGUGUGGUUGGAGAGAAAAUGCCUCGCUACUGUCUGUUUGGAGACACCGUCAACACUGCUUCCCGCAUGGAGAGUCACGGCCUCCCAAACAAGAUCCACCUGAGCCCAACUGUCUACCAGGCCCUGAAGAAUAAAUGCUUUGUUAUCCAGAAGCGAGGAGAGAUCGAGGUGAAGGGGAAGGGCAGGAUGACCACUUACUUUCUUGAAGGGAACUCAGGAGUCAGCGAGCAGCAGAUUAUGGGUCUCUGUGACGGACAGUGGAACAGUCAGAGGAGCUACCGGCCAGCUUUACAGAAGCAGCACAGAGAUGAACUUUCCUUGAUCCCGAUGACAUAUGGAGACGGUCUGAGUGAACCUCUGCCAACAUCACAUAUGUCUGAUCCCCAGACCUGCCCGGCUAUCAAACCCCGCGACUCAGAGAGCUACGGAAGCCUGCACACCGAUGAUCAAUCAGAGGAUGAGGCUCGAGAACAGUUCAAAGAUAAAGAUGAAUUUGGCAAAACAGAAAUCAACUACACAGAGGAAAAUGUGGACGGAUUAGAUGGCGACAGCCGUGUGGACACAGUGGAACAACACUUUAGUGCUGCUUCUAGGAAGACCAACAAUGAAAGCAAACACACCCAAACCAAGUUGUGCGUGCUCCUCUGA